AGACACCGCCCAGACCCCCCCGCCGCGCACCGCAGCCGCAGGACGGGCGGCAUCGUGCUCGCGGACGCCGCAGCGGCGCCAGGGCUCCUUGCCCGCGUGUGAGCCGAAGACCUACUACGCCCGCGGCCAUGGAAGGUCUCAUGAAGGUGUAUUUCUCCGCUGCGACCAAGGAGCUCAUGCCGACGGAGAGCGCGCCUUGCUUUAAGCGCUGCGACCCACGAGCUUACUGAUCAUUCGGGGGCGCGUUCGCUCACAUCAGCCCCGCGUCAUGUGUGUCGAUGUCUUUUGCGAGCUUUUUCGCCCCCCACGAACCUCACAUCAUGUCAAGCAGUACUGCAGGCAAGACGAUUCAACAAUGGCCGC